GAGGGGCGGAGUCUGCAGAGCGCGGGUUCAGCCACGAGCCUCGCAGAACGCGGAGAGUUGCGCGGCUCGACUCCCCCAACGCAGACCGUAGACCUGGACCCCCGGGGACAUAGGUUCCACCCUGGACCCCGGUCUUUAUUAGUUCGACUCCUGAACUCGCUGACGCUGGCCUCACAACUCGGCUUGCGGAGGACCGGAGCCGAGACGAGACCCUGAACCUUCUUGGCGGGUUUCGGGUUCGACACGGGACUCUGAAUGCUCAGUUUCCUCUCUGAACCCUGAGUGCAAGCGGACCCAAGGAGACCUACGUUCAAUUCCCAACCAAGGAGCCUGGUUCUCCAUCUCGGCUCCACCGUGAGGGUCCCACAGAGACCCCGCCCGGACCCUCAGCCCGGCUGCCGGCCACGUCCUUGCAUUCGUCUCUCCCGUGUCCCAGCUGCCCCACGGCCUCGCUGCUCGGGGCGGGAGACCCCGUGACCCCGGGGGUCCCGGGGGUCACCGCCUUAGCGCCGAGACCCCCCUGUGACCAGGAGACCCAGGGCUAUGGUGCUGCAACUGGGUUCCUUCCUCUGUCUCUCCUCGUCCUACAGACGCUCAGUUCCGCGUAACAAAACCUGACUCGUCCGGAGGACGCUGGCGAAGGUGGUGGGGGGGAGGCACGUGCCGGUGAAGGCAGCGGACGACGAGGCGGCGGAAGCGGCGUCGUCUUCCUCUUCGCGAUGGACAAGUGCCGCCACGUGUUCCGGCUGCGUCUCGCCCAGGACCACUCCAUCAUGAACCCGCAGAAGUGGCUGUGCGCCGAGUGCGGCACCACCGAGUCGGUGUGGGCCUGCCUGGGCUGCUCGCACGUCGCUUGCGGACGCUACAUCUCGGAGCACGCCCUCCUGCACUACCAGAACACAGGCCACCCGCUGGCGCUGGAGGUGAACGAGCUGCACGUGUACUGCUACGCGUGCGAUGACUACGUCCUUAACGACAACGCGACAGGCGACCUGCGCCUACUGCGGUCCACGCUGAGCGCCGUCACGAGCCAGCGCUACCAGCUGACCACGCGCAGCGGCCGCACGCUCCGCUCGGGCGCCGGCGACGAUACACGGCCCAGCGAGCGGCGGGUGGAAGCCCAGCUGCGCGCCGAGGACCGCAUGUUUACCGCGCUGUGGCACCGGCGCCUGGCGUUGGCGCGCAAGGUGUUCACGGCGUGGGCGGGACUCACGUCAAGUGGGCGGCGCCGCGCGCUGCACGAGUUGGACACCGCCCAGGAGCAGCGGCGCCGCGAGGACGCGCAGAGGGAGCGGCAGGAGCGCAGGCGGCGACACAGAGAGGAGAUGUCCAGCCGGCCCCCGAGGAAGAGCCCUCGUCUGAGCAAUGUUGCGCAGCACCGCAACCACCGAGUGCCCACGCCAACGCCAGCCGCCGUGCCUCCCCGUACCGGGGAGGUGGUCGCCGUGGCGAUGCUACUGACCCCUCUCCCGCCCUCGCCUGCCCCGGCGCUGCCUCCAGACGCACCGUCCCCUCCACUGAAGCGCAGGCCGACGGUCACCCCCGGCGUGACGGGGCUACGCAACCUGGGCAACACGUGCUACAUGAACUCCAUCCUGCAGGUGCUGAGCCACCUGCAGGCGUUCCGCCAAUGCUUUCUGCUGCUCGACCUUAGCGGCGCCGGCUCCGACCCCGGUGCGACCUCGUGGCCUCUCGAGGGCGACGAUCCGACGGGCCCCCGGCGGCAGCGUCGCCAUGUGGGGCUGGCCCGCCAGCUCUCGGAGCAGUGCUACCGCGAGGCCACGGGGCUGGGGCAGGCGGCGGCCACCAUCACGGACGGCGCCAGACGUGAGAGCCGCAGGGCCGGGCUGAGCGGCGGGGGUGGCGCAGAGAGAGUGACGCACGGGCAGCAGCACCAGGUGCACGGGCAGCAGCAGCAGCGAGAGGAGGAAGAGGAGGAGGAGCGCGUGUCUCUCUGUCACGAGUUGCACACGCUCUUCAGGGUCAUGUGGUCCGGGAAGUGGGCGCUUGUGUCGCCCUACGCGAUGCUGCACUCGGUGUGGCGCCUCGUGCCGUCGUUCAAGGGUUAUGCGCAGCAGGACGCUCAGGAGUUCCUGUGCGAGCUGCUUGACAAGGUGCUUCAGGAGUUGGAGGCGGCGGCAGCAGCUGCGGCAUCAUCCUCUUCCGCAGGGCCCGGCUCCCCAGUGUCGCCGGUGUCACCAGUGUUGCCAUGGCCUCCGGGGCCGCCCCACGCCAAUGCGGCGCCUGUGUCCCCAUUCCCGCGCCUCCCGCCGUCACCGCUCUCCCAGCGGAAGCUCGUCCGCCAGGUGCUACGGGUGGUGGCGAGCAUCUUCCAGGGGGAGCUGCUGAGCCAGGUGACGUGCCUGUCAUGCGCGCAUACGUCACGGAGGAAUGAGCUAUUCUGGGACCUCUCGCUCGACUUCCCCGAGCGCUACCACGGCCUGGCCAAGGCAGUGGAGAGCGAUGGUGGUGGCAGCAGUGGCUGCGGCGCUGGUGGUAGCGGCGCUGGUGGCAGCACGAACGGCGGCUGCACCCUCACCGAGAUGCUCGCCAAGUUCACCGAGACAGAGGCACUGGAUGGCGGGAAAGUGUACUCCUGCGACACGUGCAACGGCCGGCGACGUCGCUCCUCCUCCAAGCAGCCGGUACUCACCGAGGCGCAAAAGCAACUGUUGGUGCACAGACUGCCUCGCGUGCUACGCCUACAUCUCAAGCGCUUCAGGUGGUCGGGCCGAAAUCACCGCGAGAAGAUUGGCGUGCACGUGGCGUUUGAGCAGCGACUCUGCAUGACGCCGUACUGCAGCCGUGACGGUGGUAGCGGCAGCGGCAGCGGUGGUGCUGACCCCAGCACAUACGACCUCUCAGCCGUGGUGAUGCAUCACGGGCGAGGCUUCGGCUCAGGACACUACACGGCGUACUGCUACAACGCUGAGGGCGGCUUCUGGGUGCACUGCAACGACUCGCGGCUGGACGUGGUGUCCGUGGCGGAGGUUUGCCGUGCCCAGGCCUACAUCCUCUUCUACACGCGGUGCCGUUCCGGCGGCCCCCAGGCUCCCGCGUGCCCCUCCAACGUCCCCGCCAUGUCCCCCCAUGCCCCCCCCAACCGCGCCACCAACACCGCCGGGAGCAGGCGCAGGCGGAGGCUCGACCUCUCAUGAGCUCUUGUGCUCGCAGGCCAAGACUCUCGUGCACCUGUGCGCGCACGACCAAGAAAAGCCUUAUACGGUGACCUCGACGUCAGCUGGAAAUGUCUGUGACACUAAAAGCCCUCUUGCUCCAAAACCAGCCUUGCCCUGGUCUCUUCUGUGCCUGCUGUCUGUUUUACAUCCGGUUCACAGCUCGUUGUUUGCAAUGAUACUUUUUUUUUAUUCAGCCGCCACACCUGCAGGACCUCACGUUGUGCCGUGGAAUGGCUCCCCGGAAGAUGAUGUAUCUUUGAUGGGCCCCUCUAACCCUAAACUGGAAUUCACACAAUUAUGCACUGUGCCGACUGAUUUUAAUGGGAUUAAUAUGCCCUUAGGGCCAGAAUAUGCAAAAUCAAGGCAAUAAAAUAAAAUUUGUAUAUUACGAAUUAUUAGUGAAUUCGUCGAUGGCUGACUAUGAACUCGCCGCAUAUGAGAUUCAUUCACCGGCAGCUGCCCGCAUUCGUACUAAUGAUCCCGACAGUGCCUGCUCUGUGCUUUGACGAGGCCGGUAUGGAGACGUCUUGAGUCUCUUCGCCACAAGUCAUUAUCAUCAACGCUUCCCAUCCCGCGCCGCCUGGGGCCCCCAUGUGGCCGUGACGUAAUUUCACUGGCCACGCUUCACGAGAUCCGUGAGGAGAGGGCCACGCCUCCUAAGCCAACGGCCGAGUCGCGCUGACGUCGGUGCAUUUUGGUCCACGGCUGCAAAGCGCGGUCAUCCUAGCCUUGCUGCGCUGUGUUUUUUGCUCCAGAACUCGAGCCGCCCCACCGCGUGGGAAUCUGGUCCAAGGUUAUAUAUUAAAAUAAAACGCGAGCCUCGUGUUUCAGUUGUGCUUCGUUGUCGCUGUGUUGCCGCUUGUUUUUGUUUAAACGAACUGCACGAUGUUUAUUUGCCGUUUAUAGAUUUUGUGAGAGAGAGAGCGAUUUAGUUUUUUUACAAAGUGCGAACGCACAAUACUAUUUUGUGUAAUUUUUUUGAAAGAUGGAAGUGCCCUGCUGUGUAAAUACGUAUGGCCCACGGUUACCAGCAGUCGUGUGCUCGAUUGCCUCAGCUCAGGACCCCGCGCUCGUGCUCUUGUUUUUGGCAGGAGAAAAAGCUUUAACGCGUGAGCAUUUAUUACCCUGUUUUAGUAUUAAACAUGAGAGAGCGGAGGCUGUCGCGUCUGUCUCGUGGGCCGUCUUGUGGAAAUGAGACCGCGAGGUGCCACGUUUUUUCAGUUGAGCUUAA